CCGUCAAGGAACAGGAAAAUAUGUUUACAGCUAUGAGGUCUAUUAAUUACCUGAUUAAUACACAAAGGACAGGACUCAGCCUCUUGAUCAAACAGUAACUUCUACUCUUUUGGACUUUGAAAGUUGUAACCAGAAUCUCCUUUUCUCAGUAUAUUCAUCUGUGGCCAGAAGAACACAGAGAAAAUCAGCAUGAGUACUACAGGGAAAGUUAUCAGGUGCAGAGCAGCCAUAGUCUGGAAGCCUGGUGGAUCAUUUUCCAUUGAGGAGGUAGAAGUGGCUCCACCAAAGGCAAAAGAAGUUCGCGUAAAGAUGGUGGCCACGGCGCUCUGUGGGACCGAGAUGAAAAUGUUGAAGACUAAAAAUCUUCAGCAUCAAUACUACCCUAUCAUUAUGGGCCAUGAAGGAGCUGGAAUAGUCGAGAGUGUGGGAGAAGGAGUGAGCACAGUGAAAGCAGGAGAUAAAGUUAUCGCACUCUUUCUACCACAGUGUGGAGAAUGCACCUCUUGCCUUAAUUCUGCAGGCAAUUUUUGUAUAAAAUUCAAACAGAGAGAAACCCACCUGAUGUCUGAUGGUACCAGUAGGUUUACCUGCAAGGGAAAACCAGUAUACCACUUUGCGAAUACAAGCACUUUCUCUGAAUACACUGUAAUGAAUGAAAUCUCAGUCACCAAGAUUGAUGCAGCUGCACCCCUGGAGAAAGUAUUCCUAGUUAGCUGUGGUUUUUCUACUGGUUAUGGUGGUGCAAUCAAUACUGCCAAGGUGACCCCAGGCUCCACCUGUGCAGUGUUUGGCCUGGGAGGGGUUGGCCUGUCUGUUAUCAUGGGCUGCAAAGCAGCCGGAGCAGCCAGGAUCAUCGCAGUGGACAUCAACAAAGACAAAUUUGAGAAGGCAAAAGAAGUGGGUGCCACGGAGUGCAUCAACCCACAGGACUAUGAGAAACCCAUCCAAGAGGUUUUAUUUGACCUGACAGGUGAUGGUGUGGACUUUAGCUUUGAGGUCAUUGGAAAUCCAGAAACUGUGGCAGCUGCCCUGGCAUCCUGCCAUGAGAGCCAUGGGGUCUGCGUGAUUAUCGGGUUGGUCACUGGUGUCCAACUCAACAUCAGUGGCCACUUGUUCUUCUCAGGACGUACUUUAAAGGGAUCUGUUUAUGGAGGCUGGAAAGGCAGAGAUGGUGCCUCUAAACUGGUUUCUGAUUAUAUGGCAAAGAAGAUUAACCUAGAUGCACUAAUUACCCAUACUCUGAAUUUUGACAAAAUCAAUGAAGCAGUUGAAUUAAUGAAAACUGGAAAAUGUGUCCGCUGUGUCCUGUUACUUUAAGUAUGAUGCUCACCAACUAAAUACCAUUUGCAGAAUUUCACGAUGUGGAAGAAUUAUCCACACAAUGUUGUUUCUAUCUGCUUGCCUCUGACUCGUUUAGCAAUGGGCUCAUAUACAGCUUCUGCUGUCACUGCUUCAUCACCGUUGUUCUUAUGUGACCAAGAGUCACCCAGGAACAUCCUCGCUUUUAGAGCUAGAUUAAGGUUGAUUUGAAUCACCCAAUCCCAGACCCUUCAAAUAAACAAGACUCACCCAGGA